AUGAUAUCAACAGAAAUCCAAAAAAAUCUAACGCUUGAGGAAUUUUUUGGCACAACACAAUUUGAAAAUUCAAUCAGAGUUCCAUCUCUGAAUGAAAUAGAAGAAAUUGAAGAAAUCGAGGAUAGAAUAUUACUUGGCAAUGCAGCUGACUGUAACAAUGAAAUGAAUAGCAAUCCACAUCCCAUUCACUUUCGAUCGAGACUAAGUUUGAUACCUGAACAGCACAGUGUUAUCGAAGAAGUAGAAGAACAAGAAAAUUGCGAUGAAGACGACAAAGAUUCAUUGAAAAUUACUUUAAAUGCUCAGAAAAAUCCUCAUCAACAGGAAUAA